AUGCCAGGCGACGACAACGUAAUAAAUAUAAGUAGCGCUUCGGUGCUAGAUCUCAAAGCAGAACUCUAUAAGAAAGAAGAAGAAUUCAAGAAACAAAAGGCAGCAGCCGCCGGUCAGGCCAUUACCUCAGUCGCCAAGAAAGUUACAAAAAAGGAAGGAAUAUGGUCAAGACAAAAUAAGGGCGUUGCCGAACGAGCAACACGCGACAAGGUUGUUCUAGACGAAGUGGAAGGAUCAAGUCUUGAAGCCAGCCGUAAAGCCAUGGAGAGGAAAGCAAAGCUGUAUGACAAGCUACGAAAGCAUGGAAUUGAGGACGACACUCUUGCCGAAGAAGUGUUAGUAGACUUUGACAGCAAGCCCCGGGAUGAUUCUUCUGAUGCUGACGAAGGCGCUGAGAAAAAAGAUGAUCAAUCUGUUAAUGAUCCUUGGGUGGAGUAUGUCGACGAAUUUGGCCGUACACGGGUAGUAAGAAAGAGUGAACUACCUGAAGACUUGCCGUCGCAGUCUGGUUUUUCCAAUAGUAGCUCUGAAGACGAGGAAGAUUCGAGAAUUGAUGAAGAACAGCGUAGAUGGGAACAGGCAGCACUGUCCGAGUUGAAGAGUGGACCGACACAUUAUUAUGACACAAGGGAAAUUCGCACAAGGGGUGUCGGUUUCUAUCGAUUUUCCCGGGACGAAGCAGAACGACAAACACAGAUGCAAGCAUUGAAAGAAAUGCGUCAAGAGACCGAAGGGAAACGUGCACUUAGACAAACAAUAAAACAAAAACGAAAAUCUUUACUAGAUGAACGUUUAGCGUUAAUCAGGGCUCAUAAGAGACAGACUAGGUCAAAGCCUGCAGAUGAUCAACAUUCAUCAAACACUAGUAUGAAUAUAACGGAUGAUUCCGGCAAAGGCGGUAAAAGUGUUGAAGCAACAUCAAACGAAGUUGUCGGGCCCGCUAUGGAUCAACUAGUAACCGAGCGUGCAGUAAAUGAAUUGCUGUCAAACAUUCGCCGGAAAGUUGAAUCGGGGAUGUGA